AUGGACACCAUCAAGAAAGCCAUCGGCAGCGCCUUCGAUCCCAACACAGACAUCCCCGACCUCAGCGGAAAGAUCUAUGUCGUAACAGGCGGCUCCGCUGGAAUCGGAUACGGUAUCGUCGCGCACCUCCUCCAGCACAACCCCGCGAAAAUCUACCUCCUUUCGAACAAAGAGCAACACGCCGACGAAGCUCAAGAAGCGCUCAAGGAAUGGGGUGACAUAAGCAAAGUGGAAUGGCGCAAGUGCAAUCUCGAAGACUUCAAACAAGUCGACGAAGUAGCCAAGUCGCUGGCAAAAGAGCUGGACAGGCUUGAUGCUUUGGUCUGCAAUGCGGGUUUGGGCGUUGGCGUAUACAACGAGACUCGGGAUGGUCUGGAUAGCCACAUGCAGGUCAACAUCUUCUCGCAGGCCCACCUCACGCUCAUGCUAUUGCCUAUACUGCAGAAGACACCCGACUCGCGCAUUGUACACCAAUCUUCCGACCUACACAGGGGAGCCGACUCGAGCAUGAAGUUUGAGUCCAUCCAAGAGAUCAACCAAGACAUCGGUGCAAUGAAGCUCUAUAACCGCACCAAGCUAGCGCAGAUCCUCUUUCUUCGCGAGCUGUACCUCCGUAUCAAGGCUGGAGAGUUCGGUCAAGUCACAGAGAGCACGGGCUUACCGUGGAUCAACGCGACGCACCCUGGUGGCGUGAUAACGGAUCAGCAAGAUCAAGCAAUCGAGGCCUAUGGCACUGCUGGAAAGAUUGGGGUCAAAGCCGUGCGACCGUUCAUGAAAGACCCAGUAGCGGAGGGGUGUCGCCCAGCCUUGUUUGCCGCAGCGUCGCCCGAUGUUCCGAAGGAGCAGAUUCAAAACUCCUACAUCGUUCCUGAUAAGAAGGUCCAAGAAGCGUCCAAGCAGGCCAGGGAUGAGAAGUUGCAGAGAAACUUGUGGAGGCUAACCAAGGAAGUCCUGGAGUCGAAGAUUGAUAGCUUGCCAUACGAGAUGAAAACUGAAGUUGUCAACACUGCGUAG